GUGUGCAUGUAGCCUUUAUCAUGUAAAGUAAACGAGAGAACACCAACAACUGAAAAGAGAGAGAGAGAGAGAGAGAGAGAGCAGGCCAACGAGACGAAAUCGAUUGAGAGAUGGCGAAUCACUGUAAUGGAAAAUUAGACUACUCCAUGAAGCUGCCGACAAUAAAAUUCACGAAGCUUUUCAUCAAUGGCGAGUUUGUUGAUUCUGUGUCAGGGGGAACUUUCGAGACUAUAGAUCCAAGAACAGGAGAAGCGAUUGCAAUCGUUGCAGAAGGAGCUAAGGAGGACAUUGAUUUGGCCGUCAAGGCUGCACGUCAAGCCUUUGACCAUGGCCCUUGGUCCCGCAUGUCUGGCUCUGAAAGGGCAACAAUCAUGAUGAAAUUCGCGGAUUUGAUUGACGAGAACAUAGAGGAAUUAGCAGCCCUAGAUUGUGUUGAUGCUGGAAAGUUGUUCAGUAUGGGCAAGGCCGUUGACAUUCCUCAAGUAGCAAACUGCCUUAGAUAUUAUGCAGGUGCUGCUGAUAAAAUUCAUGGAGAAGUCCUGAAAAUGUCACGCCCACUAUUUGGCUACACUCUGCGUGAGCCCAUUGGCGUUGUUGGCCACAUAAUUCCUUGGAAUUUUCCCAGCACCAUGUUUUUCAUGAAAGUUGCCCCUGCCAUGGCUGCAGGCUGCACCAUGAUCGUCAAGCCAGCCGAGCAAACUCCGCUUUCGGCCCUUUUUUAUGCUCAUCUGGCUAAGCAGGCUGGUGUACCUGAUGGAGUGAUCAAUGUUGUGCCUGGGUUUGGACCAACUGCUGGUGCUGCAAUCAGCUCACACAUGGACAUUGAUAAAGUUUCUUUUACUGGAUCCACAGAAGUUGGGCGUAAAGUGAUGCAGGCGGCAGCGGCAAGCAAUUUGAAACCAGUUUCACUUGAGUUGGGUGGCAAAUCACCUUUCCUGGUUUUUGAUGAUGUUGAUGUAGAUACAGCAGUGGAACUUGCCUUCUUUAGCACUAUCUACAAUAAAGGAGAAGUUUGUGUAGCAGCUUCUCGCAUCUUUGUUCAGGAGGAUAUUUAUGAUGAAUUUGUGAAGAAAUUGGCAGAGAAGGCAAAAGGUUGGAAAGUUGGUGAUCCUUUUGAUCCAACAGUCAGCCAAGGACCCCAGGUUGAUAAGCAACAGUUUGAGAAGAUCCUUUCUUACAUUGAGAUUGGGAAAAAAGAAGGAGCAACUUUGUUAACUGGGGGAAAAGCUCUAAACUCGAAGGGAUAUUACAUUGAGCCUACCAUUUUCAUCAACGUUAGGGAUGACAUGGCAAUAGCGCGAGAUGAAAUCUUCGGUCCUGUGAUGUCGGUGAUGAAGUUCAAGACAAUCGAUGAAGCAAUUAGAAGAGGCAACGACACAAAAUAUGGUCUAGCUGCAGGCAUUAUGACCAAGAGCCUGGACGUGGCCAACACAGUGUCAAGAUCCUUGAGGGCUGGAGUAAUAUGGAUAAACUGCUAUUUCGCUUUUGACAAGGACUGCCCGUUCGGAGGGUUCAAGAUGAGUGGGUUUGAGAGAGACAAUGGGUUAGAAGCUCUUCAUAAGUAUCUCCAAGUUAAAUCCGUCGUAACUCCCAUUCAUAAUUCUCCUUGGCUCUGAGAUGCACCUAGAAAAGAUAGAAUAAACGUUUUGAUGGAUGAUAGUGUUCAAUUAUCUAAAAUAAACAAGUCUGGAUUGUAAUGUUGCUAAGAGAAAAGCAUAAAGUUGGAAGGUUUUAUUUUGUUUUUAAGAAGUGGAAAUACUUUCCCUCUUUUGUUGAUAAAUAAGAUUAUCAGAGUUGAGGGAUUUGGUUA